GGAGCUUUGACAUGAAGGCCACCAAUCUCAGAGGCAUAAAGGGCAUGAAACUACACACCUUUGCACUGAUGCAAUACAUGCAGGUCCACAUGAACGGGGGAUACGCACAGCAUGGGCACAGUUGCUCACGAGACCUCUCAAUGUGGAGAAUAGUCACACAAAUAGAUAGGUAGAUGUCCCCCGUCACUCAAAGGGAGGCACAUCCAGUCAGCCGACCUAGAUGCUCAACGCACAGAGCCAGACCACUUACUUCACCAAACAAAACCAAUCAGCUGACAGACAUCUGAGCGACCUCACUCGACCGCCCAACAUGCAAUACAGACAUACGUACGAACUACAGAAUCGAAGUACAGGUGACUGACUGGCAAAAGUGUCAUAUAUCUGUCACGUCACUGGCCACAAAACACUUCCCACUCACCCACCAACAAAGAGAGGGGUAGACAGACGGGAUGAAUUGAUGACCUUUAUGACCUGAUCUCUCAAUGGAGCAUGGUCACACGAUCAGAUCGCUCAAUAAAUGAGAGCUGGUUGCACAAAAAGACGUCCCCCUCACCCGAAGACACAGCGAGUCAGACCGGCCUCAAUGUUCAACUUACUAGUCAAACCCACCUCACCAGACAAAAAACUUAUCAGCGACAGACAUCUGAGUGACCCCCGGACUGUCCAACACACAAACUGCACAAAACACAAACGCCCAACACACAGCAUAGUUGAUGGAUAAACAGGUAGACAGCGUAUCAACCCAGAUUUGAGGUCAGACGGGAUGAAUUAACGGCUUCAUGACCUCAAACUGUUUCACGUCGUGCGGCGGACUCCACGGAGGUCACUCGCGUACUCAACCGCUGUGCGGCACGACGGGCACCGAAGGACGGCAUCGCGCUUGACGUCGUCGGGCACUCGCCUGCGGGCCCUCUCCAACCGCUUCUUCUCCCUUUUGGCCGCCUCGUGUGUCCGCACCCAUCGCUCGUGGCAUCCGGCACACGCACAUUGCUGCACACACACACACACACACACACCCCACACCACACCACAACACGUACACCCCCGUCGCCAUGGACGCCAUGUGCGUACACUACCUGUUUGCAUGGGAAAUAGACCACUGUGGGCGGUUUUUCGAGGCAUAGCACACAGGUGCCUCUGUCGGCAGCCGGCGGGGCCUCCCUCUCCUGCAGCUGGCCCUCGAGCUUUGUGGCCUCGGUGUGGAGGGCCCACAGCUGCUGCUGCCGCUGCUUGACCUCCGCCUUGAAGGCACUCGCGGCAGCACUGCUGCUGAGGGCGGCCAGCCGCUGCACUGUCAACCUGACGAUGCAAACACACGAUUGCAGUGCAUGCAGCGAAGACAUGGGGCAGUAGUGAAUGCGUACCCUUUGUCUGCCUCCUGCACCAGUUUGUCGUGCUCUUGCUCGAGUGGCUGCAGCGACGCCCUCACCUUGUCGCAGUUGACCCGCAUGGCAGCGAUACCCGACUCCAACCUGCAGGUAAACAAGGUAGAUGGAGGCAUCAGGUGGCUGUUGCUGUCUGUCUUACUUGCGUAUGUCGCCCUUGAGUGUCUGCAGCGUCUUCCGCAGCUGGGCCUCGGUGGCUGGCGGCUCGGCCGAUACAGACGGCUCUCGAGAAUGAGACGAUGAAGCGGAUGUUGAAGAGCUGCAGACAAUAGCCAACGCAUCCAUCCGUUAGAUGUUCGGACAGUGCGCCUGCUUAGCUGCACUUACGUUUCUGCCGUGGCGGCCGUCGACGCACCUGCACUGUUCGCUGCUCCGAUAGAUAUCCCCACCGAGUCGACACUGGUCCGCUCGGCAGCGCUGAUUUGAUCGUACAGGUCGUCGAGCCGCUCGUGCUCUUCUUUGACCUUGUCACCGAAUGCGCGCGCAUCAGCAGCAGUCUCACACGACGCCAACACGUCUGUACUUAGACUGAGGAAGAAAUAGCAGCGUGAAGAGGUUCGUCUGUGUCCUGUGUGGCUCAAUGUGUCUUCGUCGUCCACUCACUCUGGUAUGGUGUUGUCUUUCAUCUCUCGUAUGGCCUCUUGGAGCUGCUUCUUCCGCUCUACAGCACGUCGAUGCGCAUCGGACAGCUCCUCAUACCGACACGACAGACUGCAAAAAGAAGCGGUGCACACACAGCCGUCUCCAAUAUCUUGCCCGCGAGUUGGUGUCAAUCAAGUCUGGCCUGUGUUUCUCGUCACUGGCAUCGUGUAUGUCGUUCUUGAGCUGAGCAAUCCGCCCCUGAGAUCUGUUGGCCUGCUCCUGGUUGUCGAACCUGAUGCCAAAAAAACACGAAGCGCGGCUGCGUCCCAUCGCUGAAAGCAUGAGCCCUCAUUGGCCUACAGAGAGGCAGUCGGGUGAGAUGUCCUGCUGGUUCUGCCUAUUCUGCCCGCACGACCGCUGCGCGCCACAUCAGGCCCUGUCUGCCCCCCGCCCUGCCCUUGAGCACUUGCAUCAAUCACUAUCCACAGCCACAGACCAGCGAUGCCACACACAGCGAUGAGCACACCACCCCACUGCAAGUCAAGCGGCAAUGACCGAAAUGGACAGAAACAUGCUGAGCUGCUGAGUUGGCGUACCACUUUGCCAGCGACAAGAGACGCUUCCUGUUCCUUGUGUCGGUACGACGAACCGAGGAGCUCAGAAUCCACCUGAAGUAACAGGAACAGAUAGCCUCGGGUUGCAUAGCGAUCUGUCAGCUUGUCUCGUCUCACCCUCUGUACGGUUUUGGCGAUCCUAUUGUUGCUCCACAUCCCUUCCUGCACCUGCCGGUCACCAUACCUGUACACAGACAGCGCACGUGUGUAUGAGUGGGCCAGUCGUCGUGUCAGUUGACGAUGCCUACGAUAUAAAUGCGUUAAGGAUGAUAUUAAUCGUCGACGCUACGUGCUUCGCCUGAUUGAUCUCGCCCCUCUUGAUCGCCAGCAGGCAUUUGGCGAGCACCUCUGGCAGCUCGGAAGAAGCAGCAGUCUUGAUGAACACCUGAAGGAGACACAGGAGACAUAAAGACGCUAUCUUUCUAGCCUAACAGCCUGCCUGCCCGCCUGUGUGCCUCACCGACCUGUCUAUCUUUGGAGAAUAGGACGUUGAAGGUGUCUACAACGGCUUGCAGAGACGUUCCAUGUGGCCCCUUGGCACGUGGAUGGGCCAGAGCAUCUCGCAUGACGCCAAUCGAUGCGGCGAUGUAGCCGGCAUCCAACACACGCUUGCCAUAUCCGUGCACUGAACACACGCACACGACAAACACACAGGCGAGCACGCACCCAUCACACACAGGUUGGUCGUCUGCGUGUCUUUCCAUCUGUCGUCCCUUACGUGCCAGCGAGUGAAAAACACGUCCCGUGAGGUCAUAGUCUGCCGCCCACUUGGCCGGUCUGUCUCCCAGAAGGCCAGCCAUCACCUUGAGGGUUCUCCGCCCCCUCUGACCCACCAGCUGCCCAGCAACGGCAUCAGAGACCUCCCAAUCGGAGCGUGCGGACACAACCACAAAGCCCAAGAGAUAGGUGGCCGCCCACUGCCGCUUGCGGUCGUCAUAAGUCAGGACCGCAUCGAUGACACUGUCGGUGUAGCCACGCAAGUCCAGGGCAUGUGGGUCCAGCCACUGCCCCGAUUUCAUGAUCAAACUAAUCAGCCGCACAAAGGGAGGGUCUCGUUCUGGGGUGAAGAUAUCCCAGGCGAUGUCGACAGCAAGGGAGAACAGCCAAUGCCACCAGGACGGGGGCACCAGGCUGCUGUGGCUGGUGUUGGAGAGAGCAGCAAUGAAGGACUCGGCAGAGGCUUUCUCCAAUGCAGUAAGAGGGUCGUACAGAAUCUCGGCCGCCCGAACAGUAAGGUUGCCGUGCUCUUGGAAGACGACAACGACAAGAUCAUCGCGCUCCGUCACCGCCGCAGCGAGAAGACCGAACGCCGCAGUCUCGACCAACGGAUGGCCGUACUCCCCAUCAUAACACAUCCUCUCCACAUUGGCAAACACACACUUCGCUUCGGCCAUGGUCAUGUUGUUGAAGGGAUACUUGCUCAUCGAUAGCUUGCUGAUGACGUCGGCAGCCAGCAGGACGUCCCUGUCGUCGGCGUGGAAGUGCUCAAUGGCCCAUCGACCGAGAGAGUGAGGACCGGCGGCAUCCCUCCUGGCCAGCUUGGAUAUGAGCAUCUGGCGGGUAGCAGCGGGGGCCUCCAUGACAGCGAUGAGUCUGUCUUUCAGGAAGUGAUAGUGGCGGGCGGCCGGGCUCGUGUCCAUCUGCCUCAUGUUGAAGAAACGGGUAUCGGACGUGAAAAAAUUGUCCACUGCCUUCGCCAGGGCGUGGAAGUCGCUCACGUCAGGAGAAAGUUUGCAAGAUCCACACAAUACAGCGGGCAGAGCGCCAAUCAAGAUGAGCAGGAUGAUCAGGAUACUGCGGCUGCAGCCCGCCAUUGCACGUCGGCAGAUGAGAACGCAGCUGUCUGGAGGAGGGAACGUCAAGGCGAGCGGAGCUGUCAAUUGCCUCAAAGCAAUGAGGCGUCGCUGGUCAGU